AUGAUUCUUUACCAACUAAUUGGACUACCAAACUACAUAAUUGGUAAAGACUGGUCUUACAUUAUUAUUUGCAUCGCCGGGUUCACAAUGAACACCAUUUUUUUGUACAUAAUUAUCAUGUAAUGUUUUUUAUCAGUUCCGAAAGAUACCGGAAUUCCGGUAGGUGGACUACAUUAAGUUCUAACAUUAGAACUACCAAAUUACAUAAUUAAAGACUAACAUUAGAAUUAUCAAACUACAUAAUUAGUAAAGACUAUUAGAACAACCAAAGUGACUACAGUUACCAACGUUAGAAACACACAAUACUCAACGUCAGCAAAGUGACAAAUUUGCAUUUCUCAUAGAAAUUUUCUAGAUUUACAACGGCGCAUUUUUAGAAAUUUAGAUGAUUUUUUUUUUUUUUGUAAAAUACGCAAAUGAAAGAAAGUUUUUUAUUAUCGUCGGUGAUUCUAUUGUUAAUUUUGUCCUGUAAACUGAAACAAAAUUUCAUCGAUGUUUCGGCUUAUUUCAUUUAGUAACUGAAAUAAAUUUCUGCUAACCCAUGCAUAAAUAUUAUUUCAUUUAAUGACUGAAAUAAAACUCUGCUGAUCUAUACAAAACUAGGAAUUUUCAUAAAUAUUUAAUUAUUGCUGGGUUGGCAGUAUAAACCUGUAACUAAAAAAGAGGUCAAGUUGGCAAUACUGUAUAUUCAUACGUUAAGCUUAAAAGAAAACAAACCACACGCGUGAGAAUUGAAAUUAAAGUUCAUUGUUAACAAUUCGUAAUGUACUUUGUUAUAUUAACCACAUAACCUAAAUUUUAAAGCUAUAAUUACAGGAAUCUAUUGGGUGUUACUUUGCAAUUGCUCUUUGCGUUAUGUCCACGUCGUUACUGUAGGUUUUGCAGUCCAAAUUAACCCUUUUGCAAAUCAUAUUCACCUUUUUGCAUUAUAAAUUAACUCUUUUGCAGAUUAAAUUCAUUCAUCUUCUUGCAAAUUAAAUUCACCUUGUGAGUGAUUCAAAAGUGAAGUAAUACACUUUAUUAUUUUUACCAUUACACUCUCCAAUGAGGGAACCCCAUUGAAGAAGUUUUUUUCAAAAAUUAAAUUCUAUGUAAGAAAUGUUUUAGCUGACAGCUACUCUCACGGAUUGUCAUAAAUGUUGUAUGAAUAUGUAUAUAAAACUAUCCUGUUCAGAAGCGUUAGAGAUGAAUCUACACGUAUGUAUAUAUACUUUUAGUGUUAAACAAGCAUUUUAUGUUAAUUUUAUGCUACUUUUUAUCAUUACACAGGUGCAACAAAAUGUUUAUCUCAGAGUAAUAACUGUCCAUUGGAUUUUGUUUUCGUUGCAGUGGCUUGGGAAAACAAAUCUUGCAGGAAAACUGGAUUUGCAAAAGGACAAAAAGGAAUUUUAUCCGUGAAUUUGAUUAAAUUAGAUAGGUUAGUUUAAAUUUAGGUUAGGUUAGGUUUAUAGGCUUUUAGGUUUAUAGGUUUAGUUUAUAGGUUAUAGGUUUAGUUUAGUUAGGUUUAUAGAUUAUAGGUUUAGUUUAGUUAGGUUAGGUUUUUAGGUUUAUAGGUUAGGUUAGGUUAGGUUUAGCUUUAGGUUAGGGUGAAUUUGAUUUGCAACAAGGUGAAUAUAAUCCGUAUGGGAGUUGAUUUAUGACGCAGAAAGAUCAUACAUGAUCCACAAAAAAGAAAAAAAAGAAAAAACAUGCAAAACUUAAUUGACAGUGUAAAGCCUGUACGAAGUGAAUGUGUUACACUAGGAUUAACUGUGUCAUAGGAGGAAAAUGAACGGCAAUUUCCGUCUGACCGAGCAUUUCAUUCUCCCCUUCGUCGUUUCGGGAUGGGAGAGCCGAUUAUUUCAACGUCGUCGUCGAGCCGCGAACAAACUUUCGAAAUGAUUUUUUUUACAAUUAGUCGGGGAUUCUUCGGCGAAGACCACGACGAAGCAGAACGCGCAAGUUUUAAUCUCUCUCUCCCCCCCCUCUUCUCCGACCGGUUUCCGGCGAUCGAGUUUAUCGCGCGUCCCUCUAGGACGCGCAAAUCUCGUUAUAGACUCUGGGAAAUUGGAUUAAUUCGACUGUUCGCCGCUCUAAUUCGGAAUUACAGUUUAUCGGGUUAUACGCGCGUGCACCUGUCCGCGGACGAUCCUUUUUUUCCCCGCGAAGACUUUCAAUCGUUCGUUCCGUUUAAACCUCUCUCUCCCUCUCUCUGCUACUUUGAAAUUACUUCGAUUUCCUCAACUUGUGUUCCUUCUGUUUUCGCGAGGGUUGAAGUGCAGGGGUAAAAAAAAAAAGAAAAAAGGAAGAUUUUUUUUUUUUUUUUUUUCUCUCAAACGAGUGGCACCAUGCGUCGAUUCUAGGAAAGGAAAACAACUUUGGUUGGCGAGGCAAAGCGAAUUUUAG